UUUCUUCCAUUCUUCUCUCUCUCUACCUUUCUCUCCCAUACUCUCCCUCUUUCUACAUUUUUGCAGAAAAUAAAACAAUAAAAGUUAACGCGUAAAUAUGAAGAAAAGCCCGAGCAACUCUUCGCAGGAUGUGGAGGUUCGAAAAGGGCCAUGGACAAUGGAAGAAGACUUGAUUCUCAUAAAUUACAUCUCAAAUCAUGGUGAAGGUGUUUGGAACACUCUUGCUAGAUCUGCAGGGUUGAAAAGAACCGGAAAAAGUUGCCGGCUUAGGUGGUUGAACUAUCUCAGGCCGGAUGUAAGGAGGGGCAAUAUUACACCGGAAGAACAACUCUUGAUCAUGGAGCUUCAUGCUAAAUGGGGAAACAGAUGGUCCAAAAUAGCAAAACAUCUUCCGGGAAGAACAGAUAAUGAAAUAAAGAAUUACUGGAGGACAAGGAUUCAAAAGCAUAUCAAACAAGCAGGAUCCUUUAGUGGCCAAAAAUCUUCCAAGCAUACCGAUCAAGCCACCACGAGCACAACCCAAACAUUCAAUGCCAUAAAUCCAAUGCAAACUUACUCUCCACCAUACGACAAUUUUCAGAAUUUUUCAGGUCCAUUUCCAACCGAAACAAAUGAGAACAUGUGGAGUAUGGAGGAUUUAUGGUCCAUGCAGUUAUUAAAUAGCGACUAGAUCAUUUUACAUCAUACAUACAUGAGUCUUAUAGAUCUAUAUAGCCAAUAUCAUAAAGUUAUUUUUAUUUUACCGUUUGCUUUUUAUUGAUAGUAUUUUGUGAUAAAAAUAAGACCAUAUGCAAUGUUGCUAUAAUCAAAAUUCUCAUAGCGUUGUAUCUAUUUUGUCCAUACAAUUACUCAUACAUUUUAUAUAAAGUUGUAUUAGCAAU